CCCUGACUGUAACCCUGGACCCUGUCCAGUUUGGAGCUCAGUCUUCCACCAAAGGCUGCUCAGUUCUUCGGGCUCCAGCCUCCUGCAAGAGGAGCUUGCUUCCUCUGUUCCCAGAGUCUCCUUUCUUUGGUGGAGAAAGGUUGCAGGAAGAGGAGACACAGUAAGAAAAAUAUGCGUCCUGGUGAAGUGUAAUUGAAUCUAGAAGCCCACGGACACAAGUCGCCACGUUUGCUCAGGGUUCACACUCGGUGCUUUGACAUUCAAAAUGAGGAAACGUCGACAUUUGGCCUCGGUGGCCAUCUUUUGCCUCCUCCUGUCGGGCCUCCCCAUGGUCUAUGCCCAACAGCAAGCAGAUGUCAAAAACGGUGCGGCUGCCGAUAUAAUAUUUCUAGUGGAUUCCUCCUGGAGCACUGGGAAGGACCGUUUCCAACUUGUUCAAGAGUUUCUGUCUGAUGUUGUAGAAUCUUUAGCUGUGGGAGACAGUGAUUUCCAUUUUGCUCUGGUCCGGCUCAACGGAAACCCGCAUACCGAGUUCCUGUUAAAUACGUACCACACUAAGCAAGAAGUCCUUGUCCAUAUUUCCAACAUGUCUUUUAUUGGGGGAAGCAAUGAGACCGGAAAAGGAUUAGAGUAUGUAAUUCACACCUAUCUUACCGAGGCUGCCGGAAGCCGGGCUGGUGACGGAGUCCCUCAGGUUAUUAUAGUGUUAACCGAUGGACGCUCAGAAGACAGCCUUGCUCUGCCCUCAACGGAACUUAAGUCUGCUGACGUUAACGUGUUUGCAGUUGGAGUUGAGGAUGCAGAUGAAGGAACGUUAAAAGAAAUAGCGAGUGAACCGUUCAGUAUGCAUGUUUUCAACCUAGAGAACUUUACCUCACUUCAUGACAUAGUAGAAAACUUAGUGUCCUGUGUGCACUCCUCCAUGAGUCCAGAAAGGGCCUGGGACACGGAAAACCUUAAAGACAUCACAGCACAAGACUCUGCUGACAUUAUUUUCCUUAUUGACGGAUCAAACAACACCGGAAGUGCCCAUUUUGCUGUCAUUCGAGACUUCCUUGUAAAUCUCCUUGAGAGACUCUCAAUUGGAACUCAGCAGAUCCGAGUGGGGGUGGUCCAGUAUAGCGAUGAGCCCAGAACUGAGUUCUCCUUAGACACCUACCCCUCCAAAGCUCAGCUUCUGGAUGCAGUGAAGGCCCUCCGCUUUGCUGGGGGGGAGUUGGCCAACAUUGGCCUGGCCCUUGACUUUGUAGUGGAAAAUCACUUCACUCGGGCAGGCGGCAGCCGUGUGGAGGAAGGGGUCCCCCAGGUGCUGGUCCUCAUCAGUGCUGGGCCUUCUAGUGAUGAGAUUCGGGAUGGGGUGGUAGCUCUGAAGCAGGCUAGCGUGUUCUCGUUCAGCCUCGGAGCCCAGGCCGCCUCCAGGGCAGAGCUUCAGCACAUAGCUACUGAUGACAACUUGGUGUUUACUGUCCCGGAAUUCCAUAGUUUGGGGGACCUCCAGGAGCAAUUACUGCCGUACCUUGUAGGCGUGGCCCAAAGGCACAUUGUCUUGCAACCGCCAACCAUUGUCACAGAAGUUGUGGAAGUCAACAAGAGGGACAUAGUCUUCCUGGUGGAUGGCUCUUCUAGCCUGGGGCAGGCCAACUUCAAUGCCAUUCGAGACUUCAUUACCAGAGUCGUCCAGAGGCUGGAGAUUGGACAGGACCUUAUCCAGGUGUCAGUGGCUCAGUAUGCAGAUACUGUCAAGCCAGAGUUCUAUUUAAAUACCUACCCCGGCAAAAAGGAGGUCAUAACUGCCGUGCGAAGGAUGAAGGCCCUGGAAGGCCCAGCCUUGUACACGGGCUCCGCUCUAGACUUCGUUCGCAACAACCUGUUCAUUAGCUCCGCUGGCCACCGGGCUGCUGACGGUGUUCCUAAGCUCCUGGUGCUGAUCACCGGCGGUAAGUCCUUCGAUGGGGUCAGCCAGCCUGCCCAGGAGCUGAAGCAGAGCAGCAUCAUGGCCUUCGCCAUCGGCAACAGGGCCACCGACCCGGCCGAGCUGGAAGAGAUCGCUUUUGACAGUUCCCUGGUCUUCAUUACCACCGAGUUCCGCCCUGCUCCUUUGCAAAGCAUGCUACCCAGCCUGCUGGCACCCCUCAGGACCCUCACCGGAACCACUGAAGUUCACGUAAACAAAAGGGAUAUCAUCUUCCUUUUGGACGGAUCUGUCAACGUUGGAAAAACCAAUUUCCCUUAUGUGCGUGACUUUGUAAUGAACCUAGUUAACAGCCUUGAUGUUGGAAGUGACAAUAUCCGUGUUGGUUUAGUGCAAUUUAGUGACACUCCGGUCACGGAGUUCUCAUUAGACACUUACCAGACCAAGUCAGAGCUGCUUGCUCACCUGAGGCGCUUGCAACUCAAGGGGGGCUCGGGCCUGAACACGGGCUCAGCCCUAAGCUAUGUCCAUGCCAACCACUUCACGGAGGCAGGCGGCAGCAGGACCCAGGAACACGUGCCUCAGUUACUGCUCCUGCUCACGGCUGGGCGUUCUGAGGAUGCCUAUCUGCAAGCUGCUAAUUCCCUGGCACGUGCAGGUGUGCUGACCUUCUGUGUGGGGGCCAGCCAGGCGGAUAAAGCUGAGCUCGAGCAGAUUGCUUUUAACCCGAGCCUGGUGUAUCUCAUGGAUGAUUUCAGCUCCCUACCAGCUUUGCCUCAGCAGCUGAUUCAGCCCCUAACCACAUAUGUUAGUGGAGGUGUGGAGGAAGUUCCACUCGCCCAGCCAGAGAGCAAGCGAGACAUUCUUUUCCUCUUUGAUGGCUCAGCUAAUGUCAUGGGCCAGUUCCCCGUUGUCCGAGACUUUCUCUAUAAGAUCAUUGAGGAGCUGGAUGUGAAGCCAGAUGGGACCCGGAUAGCAGUGGCUCAGUUCAGUGAUGACGUCAGGUUGGAGUCCCGCUUCAGUGAGCACAUGAGUAAGGCUGAGAUCCUGAAUCUUGUGAAGAGGAUGAAGAUCAAGACGGGCCGAUCCCUCAACCUCGGCUACGCCUUAGACUAUGCGCAGAAGAACAUCUUUGUGAAGUCAACUGGCAGCCGCAUUGAUGAUGGCGUGCUGCAAUUCCUGGUGCUGCUGGUUGCUGGAAGGUCAUCAGACGAUGUGGACGGGCCGGCCGGUUCCCUGAAACAGAGUGGAAUAGUGCCGUUCAUCUUCCAAGCCAAGAAUGCUGACCCUGCAGAGCUGGAGAAGAUUGUGCCAUCUCCUGCGUUCAUCCUGACUGCGGAGUCGCUGCCCAAGAUUGGGGACCUCCAGCCACAGAUUGUGAACCUUCUGAAAUCAGUGCAGAGUGGAGGGCCUGUUUCAGUUUCAGGUGAAAAGGAUGUGGUUUUUCUGAUUGACGGCUCUGAUGGUGUCCGGAGUGGCUUCCCCUUGCUGCAGGAGUUUAUGCAGAGAGUGGUGGAGAGCCUGGACGUGGGUCCCGAUCGGGUGCGUGUAGCCGUGGUGCAGUACAGUGACCGGACCAGGCCCGAGUUCUACCUGAAUUCCCACAUGGACCAGCAGGGUGUCAUCAGUGCCAUCCGUAGGCUGACGCUGCUGGGUGGAUCAACCCCCAACACAGGAGCCGCACUGAACUUUGUGCUGAAGAGCAUUCUGACUAGCUCCGCUGGGAGCAGGAUGGCAGAAGGUGUCCCCCAGCUCCUGAUCGUGCUCACGGCCGAGCGGUCGGGAGAUGAUGUGAGAGGCCCCUCGGUGGUCCUGAAGCAGGGUGGGGCGGUGCCUAUUGGCAUUGGCAUUGGGAACGCCGACAUCUCAGAGAUGCAGACCAUCUCCUUCAUCCCGGACUUUGCCGUGGCCAUCCCUACCUUCCGGGAGCUAGGCACCGUCCAGCAGGUCAUCUCUGAGCGGGUGACCCAGCUUAGCCGCGAGGAGCUGAGCAGGUUGAAGCCGAUUUUUCUGCCCUCACCCAGUCCAGGUGCUGGUGACAAGAAGGACGUGGUGUUCCUCAUCGAUGGGUCCCUGAACGCCAGCCCCGAGUUCCAGCACAUCCGCGCCCUGAUCGAGAGGCUGGUGGAGCAUCUGGACGUAGGCUUUGACACCACCCGCGUGGCCGUCAUCCAGUUCGGCGAGGACCCCAAGAUGGAGUUUCCCCUGAACGCGCACUUCAGCAGAGACGAGGUCCGGAGCGCCGUGCGCCGCCUGCGGCCCCAGGGCGGGCGGCAGGUCCGCGUGGGCACCGCGCUGGAGUACGUGCUGAGGAACAUCUUCCGGAGGCCGCUGGGCAGCCGCGUGGAGGACGGCGUCCCGCAGUUCCUGGUCCUCCUGGCCUCCGGGAAGUCCGACGACGACGUGGACGACGCGGCCGUGGAGCUCAAGCAGUUCGGCGUGGCCCCCCUCACCGUGGCCAGGCACACGGACCGGGAGGAGCUGGGCAAGAUCGCCCUGAGCCCCGAGUACGUGUUCUCGGUGAGCACCUUCAGGGAGCUGCCCGGACUGGAGCAGAAGCUGCUGACGCCCAUCACCACCCUCAGCUCCCAGCAGAUCCAGCAGAUCCUGGCCGGCACCCGGUUCCCCCCUGCGGUGGCUGAGAGUGAUGCGGCUGACAUUGUCUUUCUGAUCGACAGCUCUGAUAGCAUUAGGCCUGAUGGCAUUGCUCAUAUUCGGGACUUUGUCAGCAAGAUUGUUCGCAGACUCAACAUCGGCCCCAGUAAAGUGAGGAUUGGGGUUGUGCAGUUCAGCAAUGAGGUCUUCCCUGAAUUCUACCUGAAGACCCACAAGUCUCAGGCCCCUGUACUUGAAGCCAUACGGCGUCUGAGGUUCAGAGGAGGGUCCCCCCUCAACACUGGCAAAGCUCUGGAGUUUGUGGCAAAAAACCUCUUUGUAAAGUCUGCUGGGAGCCGGAUAGAAGAUGGGGUGCCUCAACACCUGGUCUUAUUUCUGGGUGGAAAGUCUCAGGAUGACAUUUCUAGGUAUGCCCAGAUCAUAAGUUCCUCAGGGAUAGCAAGUUUAGGAAUUGGAGACCGUAACAUCGACAGGACGGAGUUGCAGACCAUCACCAACAACCCCAGACUGGUCUUCACGGUGCGAGAAUUCCGAGACCUGCCCAACAUAGAGGAGAGGGUCAUGAUCUCAUUUGGAUCCCCUGGGGCUACUCCUGCGCCUUCAGGAGUAGACAGACCUUCUCCUUCCCAGCCAGAGAAGAAGAAGGCAGACAUUGUGUUCCUGUUGGACGGUUCCAUCAAUUUCAGGAGGGACAGUUUCCAGGAAGUGCUCCGUUUCGCCUCUGAAAUUGUGGACACGGUCUAUGAAGAUGGUGACUCCAUUCGAGUGGGGUUGGUUCAGUAUAACUCAGACCCCACGGAUGAAUUCUUCCUGAGGGACUUUUCUACCAAGAGGCAGAUUAUUGACGCCAUCAACAAAGUGGUGUACAAAGGAGGGAGGCAUGCCAACACCAGGGUGGGCAUCGAGCACCUGCGGCUGAAUCACUUUGUGCCUGAGGCGGGUAGCCGCCUGGAUGAAAGGGUCCCUCAGAUCGCCUUUGUGAUCACGGGUGGGAAGUCUGUGGAGGAUGCUCAGGAUGUGAGCCUGGCCCUCACCCAGAAAGGUGUCAAGGUGUUUGCUGUUGGCGUGAGGAACAUCGACUCUGAAGAGGUGGGGAAGAUCGCGUCCAACAGUGCCACGGCGUUCCGGGUGGGCAACGUGCAGGAGCUGUCGGAGCUGAGUGAGACGGUUCUGGAGACGCUACACGAUGCAAUGCACGAAACCCUCUGCCCUGGCGUGACAGAUGUUUCCAAAGCAUGUAAUCUGGACGUGAUCCUAGGGUUUGAUGGAUCGAGAGGCCAGAAUGUAUUUGAGACCCAGAAGGGCCUGGAGUCCAAGGUGGGCGACAUCCUGGACAGAAUCAGCCAGAUGCAAAGAAUCAGCUGUAGUGGCAAUCAGCUGCCCACCGUGAGAGUGUCAGUGGUGGCCAACACACCCUCAGGGCCGGUGGAAGCCUUUGACUUUGCCGAGUACCGGUCAGAGCUCUUUGAAAAGUUCCGCAACAUGCGCACGCAGCACCCAUAUGUCCUCACGGCUGACACGCUAAAGCUCUACCAGAACAAGUUCAGGCAGUCCUUGCCUGACAGUGUGAAGGUGGUAGUCCACUUCACAGACGGAGCGGAUGGGGAUCUGGCUGCCUUACACGGAGCAUCUGAGGAACUCAGGCAAGCAGGUGUCCAAGCCCUCAUCCUGGUGGGCCUUGAGCAUGUGAACAACUUGGAGCAGUUAACGCAGCUGGAGUUUGGGCGGGGAUUCAUGUACAGCAGACCCCUGAGGCUUAACUUGCUGGACUUAGAUUAUGAGCUAGCAGAACAGCUUGACAACAUUGCCGAGAAAGCUUGCUGUGGGGUUCCCUGCAAGUGUUCUGGAGAGAGGGGAGACCGAGGGCCCCUUGGCAGCAUUGGGCCAAAGGGUAUCUCUGGGGAAGAUGGCUACCGAGGGUACCCUGGCGAUGAAGGUGGACCCGGUGAGCGAGGUCCACCCGGUGUGAACGGCACACAAGGCUUCCAGGGAUGUCCAGGCCAGAGAGGAGUCAAGGGAUCGCGAGGUUUCCCAGGAGAGAAGGGUGAAUUGGGAGAAAUCGGCUUGGAUGGUCUGGAUGGUGAAGAGGGAGACAAGGGGUUGCCCGGUUCUUCUGGGGAGAAGGGGAAUCCCGGAAGGAGGGGUGACAAAGGACCCAAAGGAGACAAGGGAGAGCGAGGAGACGUUGGGAUUCGAGGUGACCCGGGUGACUCCGGACGGGACAGCCAGCAGAGUGGACCCAGAGGAGAGACGGGUGACAUUGGCCCCAUGGGGCUCCCAGGCAGCGAUGGCAUAUCUGGAAGGCCUGGCGACCCCGGGAAGGAUGGUGGCUUUGGCCGAAGGGGACCUGCGGGAGCGAAGGGCAACAGAGGCAGUCCUGGCCAGCCAGGCUUCCAGGGAGAGCAGGGAACUAGAGGCGCACAGGGCCCACCUGGUCCCACUGGCCCUCCAGGCCUGAUUGGGGAACAAGGCAUUUCUGGACCUCGGGGAAGUGGAGGCACUGCUGGGGCUCCUGGAGAACGCGGAAGAAUUGGUCCCCUGGGGAGGAAGGGUGAGCCAGGACAGCCAGGGCCUAAGGGAGGCGUCGGGAACCGCGGACCCCGUGGGGAGACGGGAGAUGACGGGCGAGAUGGAAUUGGCAGUGAAGGUCGCAGAGGCAAAAAAGGAGAAAGAGGAUUCCCUGGGUACCCAGGACCAAAGGGUACCCCUGGUGGACCGGGAGCAGAUGGACCGCCAGGACCCAAAGGUGUCAGAGGCCGAAGGGGAAACUCAGGACCUCCAGGAAUACUUGGACAGAAGGGUGAUCCUGGCUACCCGGGGCCAUCUGGUCACAAGGGCAACCGAGGCGACUCUGUUGAUCAAUGCGCCCUCAUCCAAAGCAUCAAAGACAAAUGCCCUUGCUGCUAUGGGCCCCUGGAGUGCCCUGUCUUCCCCACGGAGCUUGCCUUUGCCCUGGACACCUCUGAGGGGGUCACCCAGGACACCUUCAGCCGGAUGCGAGAUGUACUUCUGAAGAUUGUAGGCGACCUGACCAUUGCAGAGAGCAACUGUCCAAGGGGGGCCCGAGUGGCCGUGGUCACCUAUAACAAUGAAGUGACCACAGAGAUCCGGUUUGCUGACUCUAGGAAGAAGUCUGCCCUCCUGGACAGUAUCCGGAAUCUCCAGGUGGCCCUGACAUCUAAGCAGCAGAGUCUGGAGACUGCAAUGUCCUUUGUGGCCAGAAACACAUUCAAGCGCGUGAGGAACGGCUUCCUGAUGAGGAAAGUAGCCGUUUUCUUCAGCAAUAAGCUCACAGGAGCAACGCCCCAGCUCCGAGACGCUGUGCUCAAGCUUUCAGAUGCAGGGAUCACACCCUUGUUUCUUACCAGUCAGGAGGACCGGCAGCUCAUCAACGCUUUGCAGAUCAAUAACACCGCAGUGGGCCACGCCCUUGUCCUGCCUGCAACGGGGGACCUCACAGACUUCCUGAAGAACGUCCUCACCUGCCACGUUUGCUUGGACAUCUGCAACAUCGACCCAUCCUGUGGAUUUGGGAGCUGGAGACCUUCCUUCAGGGACCGGAGGGCAGCAGGCAGUGAUGUGGACAUCGACCUGGCCUUCAUCUUGGACGGCUCGGAGGCCACCACUCUGUUCCAGUUCAACGAGAUGAAGAAGUACAUAGGCUACCUUGUUAAGCAGCUGGACCUCAGCCCUGACCCCAGGGCCUCCCAGCACUUUGCCAGAGUGGCUGUGGUGCAGCAGGCAACCUAUGAGUCUGUGGACAAUGCCAGUGUGCCGCCUGUGAGGGUGGAAUUCUCCCUGACAGACUAUGGUGCCAAGGAAAAGCUGUUGGAUUUCCUCAGCAGGAGGAUGACCCAGCUGCAGGGCACCAUGGCCCUGGGCAAUGCCAUUGAAUACACCAUAGAGAACGUGUUUGAAAGUGCACCAAACCCGCGGGACCUCAAGAUUGUGGUGCUGAUGCUGACCGGUGAGAUGCAGAGGCAGCAGCUGGAGGAGGCUCGGAGGGCCAUCCUACAGGCCAAAUGCAAGGGAUACUUCUUCGUGGUCCUGGGUAUCGGCAGGAAGGUGAAUGUCAAGGAAGUUUACAACUUUGCCAGUGAGCCCAAUGACGUCUUCUUCAAACUAGUGGAUAAGUCAACUGAGCUCAACGAGGAACCUUUGAUGCGCUUCGGGAGGCUGCUGCCAUCCUUUGUCAGCAGUGAAAAUGCUUUUUACUUACCUCCAGAUAUCAGGAAACAGUGUGAUUGGUUCCAAGGGGACCAACCAACAAAGAGUGGGAUGAAGUUUGGUCACAAACAAGUAAACACUCUAAAUAAUGCUACUUCAAGUUAUACAACCAAAGUAGUGACCACAAUGAAGCCAGUGACGACAACUAAGCCAACAGCAAUUGUAAAUUUGCCACCUGCUAAGCCAGCCCCAGCUCAACCAGCCCCUAUGAAGCCAGCCCCAGCCCAGCCAGCUCCUGCCAAGCCAGCCCCAGCUCAACCAGUCCCUGUGAAGCCAGCCCCAGCUCAACCAGCUCCUGCCAAGCCAGUUGUGGCAAAGCCAGUUGCUGCCACCAAGCCUGUGGCUGCCAAGCCUGUGGCCACCAACCCAGCCACAGCCAGACCUGCAGUGGAGCCAGCUCCUGCCAAGCCAGCCCCAGCCCAGCCAGCUCCUGCCAAGCCAGCCCCAGCUCAACCAGUCCCUGUGAAGCCAGCCCCAGCUCAACCAGCUCCUGCCAAGCCAGUUGUGGCAAAGCCAGUUGCUGCCACCAAGCCUGUGGCUGCCAAGCCUGUGGCCACCAACCCAGCCACAGCCAGACCUGCAGUGGCAGCAAAGCCAGCAGCCGCGAGACCGCCUGCUGCUGUAGCUAAAACAAUUGCCACCAAGCCAGAGGCCUCCAGGCCACAGGCCAGAGCAGCUGUCACCAAACCAGCCACUGCUAAGUCCAUGGUGAGGGCGUCUCGAGAAGUCCAGGUAUCUGACGUCACAGAGAACAGUGCCAGACUCCACUGGGAGAGGCCCGAGCCCCCUAGUUCUUAUUUUUACGACCUCACUGUUACCUCAGCUCAAGACAAGUCCUUGGUUCUGAGACAGAACCUCACGGUCACUGACCGAGUCAUCGGGGGCCUUCUGGCUGGACAGACGUACCACGUGGCAGUGGUCUCCUACCUGCAGUCUCAAGUCAGGGCCAUUUACCAAGGAAGUUUCAGUACAAAGAAAACUCAGCCUCUACUUCUACAGUCUCCACGGUCAGCAUCUGGCUCAACCAUCAAUCUAAUGGUGAACACAGAACCAUUGGCUCUCACUCAAACAGAUAUUUGUAAGUUGCCCAAAGAAGUUGGAACUUGUGAUGGAUAUAAACUUUUCUGGUAUUAUGAUUCCCUGGCCCAAAGCUGCAUGAGAUUCUGGUACGGAGGCUGCGGGGGGAAUGAAAACAGAUUUAAGUCACAGGAAGAAUGUAAAAAAGUUUGCAGUCCUGAGUCAUCAGCAUGACCCAAACCUAAGCACAGCGUUCCGGCAACACGUACCUCUGGGAGAAGAACGAGGCAGCCGUUCCCAACUGUUUUUAUAGAAGCUCCGGGUAGACAACCUGGCACGGUGCCUUUUCAUGCUUGAUUGACACUCAACCUCGGGAGGAAGCCGUCUGCGCGUGACCUGUCGAUAUGGUGCUAAACGUGUCUGUGGACCCUCAGUCUCUGUGCUUGGAACGUUGCAGUAAUAGCCACGGCUGGUGCUUACGUGAACAUCCCUAUGAGCUGAAUUCUCAGCGAAGCAUGUCUAGGAAGUAGCUUCUCUGCCACGCUGCUCUGCGUACCUCUCCUGUAGUCGUGUGGCUCGGACAGAGCCACCCCCCGAGAGCCCCCUUCGCACCCCUCCCAGGUCCCGGAUGAGGCUUCCAGCAGUGUUCUUCUUCGUCCUCCGACGAGCGGUGCGGUGGGAAGGGAGGCGGCGACCCUUGCUCUGCGCGCCGUGGGGACCAACGAAAGUCCCAAUAGAGAAUAUUUUUGGCAUUCCUCUAACGUUGUGGGUUUUUUUCUGUUUUUGUUUUUUGGAGUGUGGAGGUGGGAUUUAAUUUUAAAAUUUUUAGGAAAUUUAUACAAAGAAACUUUUUAAUAAAGUGUAUUGAAUGUGUUGUG